AUGUCUUUUAAACCCGCAAGUGAUCCACGAUCCACCGAGCCUUCUCCGGUUAUGGAAGGACCCCACGAAACAUCGCACCUCCAAAUUCUUCGUGAUUCCACAAAUGGUGAUUGUGAUCCACCGAAGCGCGUUCUGAACUG